AUGGUCUUUUGUAAUCCAGUUAUUGCAAGUGCUUGGUUUCCCUACUAUGUGAGCUGGAUAGAGACGUGCUUGACCACAGUUACUUACCGAAUAAAUGUCAAUGGUCAGCUUUUGAAACCAUUUGAAGGGAAUAGGAGAAUGCGACAAGGUACUGUUGACUCUGUUGAUAAGUUACUGCAACAAUUUGAGCAAUUUAGUAUGGCUUCUAGGUUGGUGGCUAAUCGGAAUAAGAGCGAGAUUUAUUAUGCUGGCUUGAGUCAGGAGAAGGGGUCAAAUUUCUCGUCAUGUCCAGCUACAAAAGGGGACCCUGUCUUUCAGGUAUUUGGGCAUUCCUCUAAGUACAUUACCAGCCGCUGUUGGAAAGUUUUCUGGCCCGGGUUCGCCACUGGUCUUACCGGAUGCUGA